AUGGAUACAAUAUAUCGUGACGCGAGUGCCGUGUCUGUUUGGCUUGGUCUCCCACCACCUGUGGAGCAAUAUCGAUCUUGGCACGAACCAAUACGAACUUUUGGGGAGGCGGGCUUCGAUUUCGACGAUCAGAUGUCCCAUUUAGCAAACCACUCGUAUUGGACUCGCUUCUGGGUCAUCCAGGAGUUUCUCCUCGGCCGAGAUGUGAACGUGUACUGCGGAAACACGCGCAUAAAUUGGCUUGAUUUCAAAGACACACUUGGAUUAUGUGCAGGUGUAGCCUUGCAAAUCCAUCAAGAGUCUAUGCCGAGAGACUUUGACAGCAGGCCUUGGAGAGCUUUCCCUCUGAUCACCGGACGCCACCCGGAUCGCCAUCCGGAAAUGCAUCUCCCGCUCUCCCAGUUGCUCGUCCAUCACAGCACUUCGGAAUGCAAAGACCCGCGAGACCGAGUGUUUGCUUUGUUGGGACUAGUGAAGCCAGAUGAGCGGGUGCUUCUAGAGCGGUUUUUCCCAGAUUAUGACAUGAGUGAAGAUGAUGUUGUUCUAAUUGCGCUUGCGCAUGUGAGGCAGUACAACCUCGAACAUGAUAGGGUCGAUGAUGAUACAUUGUUCAAGGGGUUGGGAAUCACAGAUGCGAAGAAGAGAAAGAUGCUUGAAAGACGCGUUGUGUACUAUGACUAUAUGGGAGAUGACGAUGAUGGUCAUUACCCGUUUCUUGAUGACGAUGAUGCUGCAGAAAUGGAGGCGAGGUUUAUUGAGAGUGAUGCUGGUUCAAAUAACAGUUGUAUGAAGACUGCAUAUGCAGUCACUCUUUUCGUAUUCGCUCUGCUGUUUUUGGAUGGUUGGGGGCGGUAUCGCUAG